GAGGAUAUUCCCAUUUCUUUAAAAUUUUCUUCUUCUUCAGAUUCCUUCUUCGAUCCUCCCGUCCCAUAAAAUUAAAAGUAUUUUUUUUUCUCUCUGCUCUGACGUUUGCUGUGUUUAAUCGACUUAUAACAGAGACACCCCAAAUCCUCAGAAUUUUUUUUUAUUAAUUUAUAAAAAACAAAACAAAAAAAAGAGCCAUGACCUGUUCUUCCCUCUCUAUAAAUCUUUCUCUAUGUCCUCCUCCUUCUUUGCUUCCUAGCGCGACCAUCAUCAACACUUGUUCUUUUUCUGCUACCACUUUUCCUUCAAGGUGCUCUUUUGUUUCCUUUGGGUGUCACCGGAGGAUACCCAUUAGCUUCGUUCGCAAGAAACCUAACUUCUUCUGUGGAGAUAUUACAAGGGAAGCUGUUUCCACUUCUGCUUCUGGGUCUAACGAUAUGACUCUUACUCAAGCUCGGGAAGAUGACGAAUCGGAGAUUGAAGCUCCCCUCCUCGAUCCUGAGUCUCUCUCCAAGCCCAGGAGAAUUGCUCUCUUCGUUGAGCCUUCCCCGUUUGCCUAUGUCUCCGGAUACAAAAACAGAUUCCAGAAUUUCAUUAGGUAUCUGCGUGAAAUGGGAGACGAGGUUAUAGUCGUUACCACACAUGAAGGUGUUCCUGAUGAGUUUUACGGAGCCAAAGUCAUUGGAUCAAGAAGCUUCCCUUGUCCUUAUUACCAAAAGGUUCCCCUUUCACUUGCGCUUAGUCCAAGAAUCAUCUCUGAAAUUGCACGGUUUAAGCCUGACAUUAUACACGCUUCAUCUCCCGGGAUAAUGGUUUUUGGUGCUCUGGCAAUAGCAAAAAUGCUAUCUGUACCUAUAGUAAUGUCUUACCACACACACGUCCCUGUAUACAUCCCAAGAUACACUUUUAGUUGGUUGGUAAAACCCAUGUGGUCUAUAAUAAGAUUCCUUCACAGAGCGGCUGAUCUUACAUUAGUUCCUUCCGCUGCCAUUGGAAAAGAUCUUAUAGCAGCUGGUGCAACUGCAGCUAAUCAACUUCGACUUUGGAACAAGGGUGUUGAUUCAGAAAGCUUCAAUCCCCGUUUCCGUUCUCAAGAAAUGCGUAUAAGACUGAGUAAUGGCGAACCAGAAAAGCCACUAGUGAUCCAUGUAGGCCGUAUUGGCGUAGAAAAGAGUUUGGAGCUUCUAAAAAGUGUAAUGGACAAAUUACCUGAAGCUCGGAUUGCUUUCAUUGGAGAUGGACCAUACAAAGAGGAUCUUGAGAAGUUGUUUACCGGAAUGCCAGCGGUUUUCACUGGAAUGUUACAAGGCGAUGAACUCUCCCAAGCUUACGCAAGCGGAGAUGUGUUUGUGAUGCCAUCAGAGUCAGAGACCCUUGGUCUUGUGGUUCUUGAGGCAAUGGCGUCAGGACUUCCUGUUGUUGCGGCCCGUGCCGGUGGAAUCCCUGAUAUAAUCCCUGAAGACCAGGAGGGAAAAACCGGGUUUCUGUUCAACCCUGGAGAUGUGGAAGACUGCGUGACAAAGCUGAGAACUUUAUUGCACGACAGUGAAAUAAGAGAAGUCAUUGGAAAAGCGGCAAGAGAAGAGACUGAGAAAUAUGACUGGAGAGCAGCAACGACGAAGAUACGCAAUGAACAGUACAGUGCAGCGAUUUGGUUCUGGAGGAAAAAGAAAGUUCAGGUUUUGGGACCAAUCAAUUGGUUGAUUAAACGGCUGUUCCCAGUGCCGGAAGUUAACGUGUAGGAUAUAUAUAAUAUAAGCAAUGAAGAUGUGAUCGUUUAUGGUUUCUUUUGCUGAAAAUCGUCUGUUUCGUGGGUGUUCUAUCUUACACACUUUGGAUUUGCUUAUAUGUAUAAGUUAAUGGAAAGGUUGACGUUGUAAAUUGUAAGAUAUGUGUCUAUAUAUGUCUAGUAGUGGGUUUAAAACCUGGUUUGGACUUUGGCCUUUAGUGAUUAAUGAUUUACUGUUUGUAUUUAAUAAAUGAUAUACCUUA